CAGACUUGCCGCUUGUACCGUGAUAGUAUGGAAUCGUAGGAGUUUUAAGUUUUAGGUGUGUCUUUCUUAUUAUCGAACUAUAAUGUCUCGCGAAAUUUUGACUACAAUCUCGUACGAAUAUAUCGACAAUGUGAAACAACGUCCUCACGUUUUGUGCGCUAGGUUUAGGUAACGUUUGUGCCGAAACAUAUGUAAAACGGUGUGAAAAAAAUCAUUUUGUGUUAUUCGGUGUAUCGUGUAUUAUACGAUAAGUAUUCUGGUUUAGUGUUGAAUUAAAAUGUGGAAUAUGAUGUGCGACGUAAUGCCCACAAUAUCUGAAGACAGUAUAAGCCAAAGGAGUUCGCAGUUUUCCGGGGAAGAUGCGAAUUUCGAGCAACUCAUGGUGUCGAUGUUGGACGAGAGAGACAAGUUGGUAGAGAGUCUUCGGGAGAACCAGGAGCGCCUCGGAGACACGGAGCAGCGCCUCAAGGAGGUGGAGAAAGAGCGGGACUCGCUGCAGCGACAGAUCGCGGCGAACUUACCUCAGGAAUUUGCGACCCUCACAAAAGAGCUCAACCAGGCGCGAGAGCAGCUUUUAGAAAGAGAAGAGGAGAUAUCAGAACUCAAAGCAGAAAGAAACAAUACCAGAUUACUUCUAGAACAUUUAGAAUGCCUAGUGUCAAGACACGAGCGCUCACUGCGCAUGACCGUGGUGAAGAGGCAGGCGGCCGCGCAGUCCGGCGUCUCUUCGGAGGUGGAAGUGUUGAAGGCACUCAAGAGUCUCUUCGAACACCACAAAGCGCUAGACGAGAAGGUUCGAGAAAGAUUAAGAGUAGCUUUAGAAAGAAAUACAGCGUUAGAAGAAGAAUUGGCGUUAACCAAAGAAGAAUUACAACAAUACAAAGCGUCCGGCACGCAAGAAUCAGAGAAGCCAAAAGAAAAUGGCGCCGUUUCAACCGGCUCGCCCGAACAGAACGGCGAGCAAGUACAGACCAAGGAACAAAGUAGUGUUAACGGCGAAUCGGAGAGCAAGAAACUCACUGAGCUCCAAAACACGAUCUCUAAACAGUCAGCAGAGUUAAGUUCGUGGCAGCGACGAGUGGCGGAGCUGAACAAUAAGGUGACAGAGCUGGAAGAGAGACUGGGCAAGGGGGAGAAGGAACUGGUGAAGAAGCAGGAGGAGUGUGCCAAGUUACAGCGAGACCUGAGGGAAAACGUCGCGCAAAAGGAAGACCAGGAGGAAAGGAUAACAACCCUGGAGAAGAGGUACCUGAACGCUCAGAGGGAGUCCACGUCCCUGCACGACCUCAACGAGAAGUUGGAGCAGGAGCUGCAGCAUAAGCAGGCACAACUCAAGCUGCAGGAAGAGAAGAUCGCCGCCAUCGAGGAGAAGCUGGAGCUGUCGGCGCAGAAGCUGGCGCAGAUGUGCUCGCUGCCCGAGAUGGAGGAGCAGCUCAAGGCCAGGAUGGAGGCGCUCAGCCAGGCUCAAGAACGGCAUGGAUCAGCAGAGGAUAGGAUCCAGAGGCUAGAGGCCAGCGUGGAGGAGAAGAACGCGGAGCUGAUGCGGCUCAACCAGCGGCUGAGGAUGAACGAGGAACACAACACGAGACUGUCUGCUACCGUGGACAAGCUUCUAUCUGAAUCCAAUGACAGAUUACAAGUGCACUUAAAAGAAAGAAUGCACUCGCUGGAUGAGAAGAACGCGCUGACGCAAGAGCUGGAGAAGACGAGGAAAUACGCGGAUGAACUGCUCUCAGAGAAGGCGGAGAUCUUGAAGGAGCUGGCUAAAUGGAGGAUGGAGACUGAACAGCUGAAGAGGCAAAUGCUGCAAGCGGAAAUAGCGUUUAAUAUUCAACAAACGGACGCGCUCACCAGGUCGCUGUCUCCCGCCGCGCCGCAGCCGCCGCACGCGCCGCCCGUCUCGCUGUUCCAACCUAAGCUGGACGGUUCGUGGGAGAAGCUCCAGCAGGCUCACCAUCUCGCGAACGUACAACAGGCCUUCGACGUGUCCAGUGAUGCUGAGAACGAUGAAUCGGAAGGCGCGGAAGGGGGUCACACAGACGCGGCAGCCCUAGCAUUAAUGUUACAAGAACAAUUAGAUGCAAUUAAUACAGAAAUACGGCUCAUACAAGAGGAGAAGCAGAGUACCGAGGCCAGAGCUGAGGAGCUGGAGUCCAGAGUGAGUAUUGUGGGCAGCUACGAGCAUAUGAACGUGGUUUCACGCCGCGGCGAGUCCCCGCCGCCCGCCGCCUCACCUUCCCGGCCGAACCACCACAAAUACCAUACCGCGCCGGCGUCGAUGUCGCCCGCGCACCAUUACCGCGCCGCGCCCGCCUCAGAGAGCCUGCCGUCCAGCCAGCUACAGCUGUGCGAGGAUGUCCAGGGCGUAGUGCCGGAGGGGGCGGAGUCCCCGGUGGGAGUGGGAGCGGGUGCGCGGGCGCUUCGGUUGGAGCGAGCGGCGCGGGCGCUGCACGCAGAGCGAGACAGACUGAGGUCGCACUACCCCGCGCCCUAUGACUCGACGUCGAUAAUGUCAGGAAGCCUCGCCCGGAUCCCGAUACACAGCUCAAGUCAAGAGUCGCUAGGCGGGGUGGCAAGCAGUACAGGGCCGAGUGCGGCUUGGGGUGGAGCCUCCCCUGGCUUGCCACGGGGGGUGGCGGCCGCGGCUUCAGCCGUGUCCAUCGCCUCUAUGCACCAGCAGAAAAAACGGGGGAUCAAGAGCUCUUUAGGAAGAUUCUUUAGCAAGAAGGAGAAGGCUGGUAUGCCGUUACAACAAGGGCAAAGCCCUCGGUCUCUAGCCUCAGCAUCUUCAUUAGGUCUAUCAUCCCUGGCGGAUGAAUCUACAGACGCGCUUUCAUCACACGGGCCCGCACCCUUACAGCAUCAGGACUAUGCUAGGACUAAAAGCAAGGAUCGCGAUUACCGACACGAGUUGCUGGGCGAGGCGAUGCGCGCCGGAACGCCGUUCGCGUUGUGGAACGGCCCCACUGUGGUAGCGUGGUUGGAGCUCUGGGUUGGAAUGCCAGCUUGGUACGUGGCCGCGUGUCGCGCCAACGUCAAGUCUGGAGCGAUCAUGUCUGCGCUGUCCGACCAGGAGAUACAGAGGGAGAUCGGCAUCAGCAACCCCCUGCACCGGCUGAAGCUGCGGCUGGCGAUACAGGAGAUGGUGUCGCUGACGUCGCCGUCGGCGCCGCGCGGCACGGCGUGCGCGGCGCUCGCGUUCGGCGACAUGAACCACGAGUGGAUCGGCAACGUGUGGCUACCCUCAUUAGGGUUACCGCAGUAUAGAACGACGUUCAUGGAGUGCCUGGUGGACGCGCGGAUGUUGGAGCACCUCACCAAAAGAGACCUACGGACGCAGCUCAAGAUGGUCGACAGUUUUCACAGAACGUCGCUACAUUUCGGCGUAGCGUGUCUCAAGAGAGUAGGGUAUUCGGUCCGCGCGCUUGAGGAGCGACGCCGCGCGGCGGAGCUGUGCGUGCGCGACGUGCUGGUGUGGACCAAUGAGCGGUUGCAGCGGUGGCUCGUCUCCAUCAACCUUAAGGAGUAUGCAAAUAACCUGUCGGAGAGUGGCGUGCACGGCGCGCUCAUCGCGCUAGACGAGAACUUCGACGCCAACAGUAUGGCGCUCGCGCUGCAGAUACCCACGCAAAAUACGCAGGCGCGUCAGAUCCUAGAAGUGGAAUACAACAAUUUACUAGUCGCGGGCACGGAGCGCACGGCGCGCGCGCCGCACGACCACGCGCCGCCCUCCUGACACCACACCAUCAACUAGGCGGCCUCACGUCACGUCACCACUUGUGACCACUGAACGACCCGUCUAGCGGGACAGGACAAGUACACGAUACCUCAGGUAUCAAGCUGUUAGGCGGCAGACAGACAUUUUAUGGGACUAUAUUAUCGACUACGUGUCACUAUGUUAUAUGAAAUGCAGUGCUUAAAAAUACGAUUCCGAUUGUAGUGCCAAUCAUGAGUAACGGUGUACAUAAUUAUCUAAAAAAAAAGAAAGGAAUAUUCCAAAGUACCCUCGAUUUCCAAAAAACGCAAAUUUUUAUAAGUACCCUCAAUUCCAAACAAUUUUACUUUAGUAAUAUUUUUUUAAUGGCAACACACCAUCAACAAGGUGGCCUCACUACCUGUGACCAGUAAACCACACGUCUAGGAGGACAGAACAAACGUACCUCGAGUACGGACCUGCUGCUUCAGGUAUCAAGCUGUUAGGCGGCAGACAGACAUUUUAUGGGACUAUAUUAUCGACUGCGUGUCACUAUAUGUGAAAUGCAGUGCUUAAAAAUACGAUUCCGAUUGUAGUGCCAAUCACGAUUAACUUAAAAAACAAUUUUCCAAAGUACCCUCAAUUUUUGUAAAUGACCUAGGUUUAUAAGUACUCCUAUAUUUUUACAAACUCAAAAGUUUCAAAGUUCCCUCAUUUGUUAAAAAGUGAUCAAGAACACAUUCGAAUGACCUAACUACUAACUAGGCAUUCGCACCCGAUGUUGCUUGCCCUCAUUGAAACUCAAAUUUCAAAAUACAUGCCAAAAAAAUCUAAAUGUUUUGUCGUUUUUGAGAUAACUUUGGAGGAUAUUGAUUCAAAAUUGAUUAGGACUGCAAUAUGAAUCGUUCAUUACAUGAAUAUUGGAACAAUUUAGUUCAGAAGUUUAGAACUACUAACAAAUUAAAUCAUAGACGAGAGUUAAAUAUCAUGCUUGCAUCCAUUUUUCUCAUUUAAACUCAAAAGUCUAUGAAUUUAGACUAAAAUUUUCGACUAAUUUCGUACUGAAGUAGUCACAAUAGACAGCAAUUUUUUUUAAUAUUUCUAUAAAUUGACCUUAAUGAACUGUAUUCGCCAAUUUCUAUAAAAAAUAAGUAGAACGAUGUCGCCGUCUAAUAAAAUUGUAAAUAACUAAUGGUUUUAUUUAUUUUAUUGUAAUUUAUUUAACUUUAUUAGAAAUGUGUAUCAACUAAUAGGGAAAAUGUACUGCAACUUAAUUCUCCUAAUAUAUGAGAAUUUUACUAUAUUAUGGUCUAUGGUCUGAUUGUCUUUUUGUAAUAUGGCAACAUUCUUAGACCUUGCGUAUAGACAAGCAGGUAAAUUCCACGAAUGUAUAGACAAGGGUGGAUCGAUCGCUCCUAAUACCUAU